AUGUUACCAGUGACGGUAGCUUGUCCUGCAUCCUGUGUGGUGUGUGCCCAAGAUGUCACCCUCUGUCACCAGCUAACCUACAUAGUAGCAGCCCCUGAGACCACCAGGGUCCUAAUCCUUACAGAUGGACACCUCUCCUCUGUGGACAGCGGGAACCUGUCUCUCCUGGUUAACCUGGCCCUUCUCUCUCUGAGCAGAAACGCUAUCCAGCGCAUUCAGGAAGGUGCCCUGCACGGCCUCACCAGGCUGCGAACCUUGUCACUGGACCACAACUGCAUCUCCAGUUCUGCUCUGUCUGGCCACACAUUCAGCAAGCUGCGGCACCUGCGGGUGCUGGUGCUGAGCAGGAAUGCCCUCCGCACUCUCAGAGCUGCCUGGUUCCGGAACACUAGGGCCCUGAGCCAGCUCCUGCUGGAUGGCAACCAGAUCACCAACCUCACUCGAGCUUCUUUUGGAGGCACGAACCUCCACAGCCUCAGACGUCUGGACUUAUCCAACAAUUUCAUUUCCUACAUUGAGAAGGAUGUGUUCAGGCCCCUGCCUCGGCUUCAGGAAGUAGACCUUUCUGGAAACAGGUUGACUCAUGUGCCUGAUGUCUUCACUCCACUGCAGCACUUGACACUUCUGAACUUGGAGGAGAACCAGUGGGGAUGCACCUGUGGACUGCACCCGCUGGCCCGCUUUCUAAGAAACUUCGGGAAGUCUCCAGUGCGCACACUGGCCAAGGACCUCAGCUUUCAGGUGUCCGCCCAAGCUGUGGCGAGUAUAAAGAGCACCCCGAGGCUGUCAGAGGACGACUGCAUCUCCAAGGAUCACAACCUCACUCUGGCUCUGAAGGACAGACGUGGGCUCCUCCCAGGACAGGAUGUGGCUCUGAUGACUGUCCUUGGCUUUGCAGGAACCAUUGGUCUCACUUGUGCAGGGUUAGUCAUAAUGAACUGGAAACUCCAACGAGGCAAAUCAAAUGAACCCCGAGCAUCUGGAAACCUUUGCUGCAGAGCUUUCCGUGAACCCCUGUGUGCUCACGAGUCAAGAAAUGUCCAUGCUGCAGAGCACCGUAACUGCCACUUCACUCAGCAAAAUGAGACAGAGGUCAUAUCUGUUGUGGAGUCCAGAAAGGAAAUGCCACUUUUACAGGAAAACAGCCACCCAGUAACAUUGGCCCCAGAGCACACAGCCCUGGACACCUCAUUCAGGAAGCUGAAAGGGAGGGACCAUAGGGCAGACAGCACUUGCUUUCACCUGGAUGACACGCCGCUGUGGACAGGAUGCUCUGGGUCUCCUGGGAACCCGAGGGCUUUUUAUGAUGCAGGCUUAGUUACAAGACAUUAUCCAAAGAUAGCUGAAAAUCGACGCCAUCUUAAACUUGGAGAAGUCCAAGCCCAAACCUUGCCCCAGAAUGAAGCAAGAACAAUAGAUCUCCACAGUGACAUAUUUAGAAGAUACACAACAUCCACACCAACCUUGGCAAGAGAGAUUCUUGAAAAGCAUCUACCUAAGGACUCUCAUCAGCCUUGGAUAGGAAAUGGAGACAAUGUUUCACAACGGCUCAGACAGAGGCCUUUUAUCAAGAGCUUAGCAACCAAGCUGUGUGAGCCAGGGGAGCACUCGGUAGGCAGGGUCCUCCAGGAGCACAGAUUGAAACAUAGUGAUUCUUGUGUGCUGCCCAAAUGGAGCAAGCCUUUGGAUUUCCAUCCCAACAAUUCCCUUCUCUGUAAAUAUGUGUCUUUUGAUGAAUUUCAAGAUUAUAUGAAAGAAAGGAAGCCAGGUCAUAGGGAACCCUCAGUGUCUGAUAAAGAGCAAAUUCAAAUUAACAGAGCCAUAGAAAAAUUCCUCAGGAGUGAGGAUAACAUAGAUAUAUGGAGGGGGUUGUCAGCAAGAACUAAGAAAGCAUAUUCUACUAAGAGGGUUAAAUUCUAUGAUAGUGAUUUAAUGGGGAAAAAAUCGCUGGCCAUAUCACCCAAAAUGCCAGCCCACUGUAGACUGCUAGAAAAUCAAAGCAACCAUGCAACCUCCUUGGGUCUCGAAAAAUGUACCAGCCCUGACAUCAAGGGAGGGAGAGAAAAGUUCCCAGAGACACGGGUUCUGAAGAAGGGGAAAUCAGAGCAAGCCCACCAGAAAGGGAAGGUUAUAGGGCGAAAUUUAAGGAUAAAGUUAAACAGGAACCACUUUAGAAAAACCAGAGUCCAUCCAGAACUGUGUCUGCCAGAAUUUUCCAAGAAGCAUAAACAAAUGCUGUUACCUUCUAAGAAAUUAGCCAAAACUUCUGAGAGAAAAAGCAAAGCAAAACCCUUGUCUUCUGCCAAUUUUCCUCAGCAGUCAGAGAGUAACAGCUGUGUUAAAUUCGCUUCCACUAAGCUGCCACCUGAAUGUGCCCCAGAGCAGACCUCUUACUAUUAAAGAAAUACGACCAGUGCCCCUUCUCUCAGGGCUAACAACCUGUCUCUAGGCAGUGGGGGCUCCGUACAGGGCAGCUGUUACCCAGCUGGCCUGGUUCCUAAUGGAAGCUCAUCAACAGUGCCCCAGCCUACAGGCAGGGAUGCUGAGUACCUACACUCACACCGUCUGUUCUCACCUGAACAGAUGGAAAAUGUCACUCAGCUCCAAGUAGAAGUUCUGGGUCCCUUACCAGCCAGUUGGGCAAAUCCAAGGAGUAGUGUUUUAGCAUCUCAACUUCCUGCAGGAGUUGUUGGCUAUGUGGAAACUGAGCCUACCCAACACAUAGGUCAGGGAAAAUUAAAGACCAGGGAGAUUAACCAGUUUAACUCAACCACCAGUGACCAAAUCCAGCUCUCAUGUGUGCACUCAAAUGACAUUUUAUGCAAGGAUCACAGUUUGGAUAAAAUACAAGCUUUACCACAGGAUAAACAAAGCCCAAGCCAUGAACAACUUGGAAAUGAAGAAAAACCAUUAGUGGAAAAAUCAAAAAUACCUCACAAAGGUCUGGGAAGUUAUGUUCUGGAUGGGGAAGGCAAUGAUGUUGAAAACAAGCUCUGGCACACAGGAGCCUGUGACUCCUCUCCCUUUGCCCAGACACAGCCCAGGAGCAACCUGCCAUUCACAGUAAUGCAGUCUAUUCCACAACAAAACAGAGCAGGACUUCCCAGGGAGACCUACCCUUCUGGAAGUCAAGCCAUUGGGCGCCUAACCAAUAGCAUCAGAAGAGGAACCACAAAUGUAUCACCCAGAGGGCACCAUGGAGAAGCGCUCGAGCUCCAAGCAGGGGUGAAAGAAGAAAAGAGAAAUCCUAGCGCAGUAAUCUGUAUGACACAUGUGGCUGUGAAGGGCGCCAUAGGUGAAAGGCAGUCACCUCGGGAAGAUGGGAAAGAGAAGAAAGAGGCAGUGCACGGUUCCAGCUCUAUCCGGGAGACCAUUGCCUCUAAAGACUUAUGUAUCACAAGCUCUCGAGAAACCCCAAGAAUGGGGCCGGGCCAGAAGAGACCUCUGGAGCGCCUUGACUUUCAUAGGAGUUCAAAGGGUGGAAAGGGUGUGCCUGUAAUUCCUACCAGAGAACACGAUGCUGAGGACUCUCCUCCCAAACCUGCCCUGCAUCCACCAUCUGCUGGGAACGCUCACCCACCACCUUUAGAAGCAGAAUAG